AUGUCUUCUAAAAGUAAAACGAUCCUCAUUCUUGGAGGUUCCUAUGGUGGUGUUGCAGUAGCCCACUACGUCCUCAAACAUGUUAUUCCUUCUCUUCCCGACAAGGAUAAUUACCGAGUCAGUAUCAUCAGCACUUCAUCGCAUUUCUUCUGCAGACCAACUUGUCCUCGAGCCCUCGUUUCCGAAAGCUCAUUUCCUCGAGACAAGCUCUUUGUGCCCCUGACCACAGUAUUCGCGCAAUACCCCACUAGUUCCAUCACUAUUGUUCAUGGGACUGCUGUGAAGUUGGAUCACACAAACCGUGAGCAAGAACUUGGCUAUCACGCGCUUAUUAUUGCUACUGGGGCAACAGCAAAAUCGCCUCUUCAUGGGCUCUUUAGUGACCAUACCAGAACCGAAGAGGCAUGGUCGUUAUUUCAAAAGAAACUGCCGAGUGCAAAAAGCAUAAUAAUUGCUGGCGGUGGCCCAACUGGUGUUGAGACUGCCGGUGAACUGGCGAAGUAUUUGAAUGGUAAUGGAUCCGGGAUUCCCAUCACAGUCAUCACAAAAGGACGUCAGAUACUGCCGGAAUUGCCUGUCUCAGUUGCCGAGAAGGCAGAAUCUCAGUUGUCCAAAUUGGGUGUGUCGGUGAUCAAAAAUCGCGCUAUCGAGAAGGUGACGCCGCCAAAUGCCGGAUUGGCUGAUAGCAAAAAUCCAGACUUAAAAAGCGUGACAGAUAGUGUGACGAUAGCUUUGGACAAUGGAGAAUCUCUUGAAGCAGACCUUUACAUUCCGGCGACAGGGGUCGUACCAAAUACUUCAUUCGUUCACGAACAGCUACUUGACAACGAGGGCUACGUUCAAGUAGACUCGACAUUGCGUGUGAAAAAUGCUGGAAAUAGAGUAUAUUGCGUUGGCCAUGUGAGCUCAAGCAAACCUCGGGCUAUUCAUGCCAUCAUGAACCAAACACCAGUGAUUGGAGAGAACUUGAAACGAGAUCUGCUUGCUGCCGAGUCUGGUACUGAAGUCAAGGAAAAUGACUAUCGUGUGCUUGGGCAAGACACGAAGGUGAGUCAGCUUGUAGUCAUUGGGAGUAAAGGUGUUGGGUUGGCCUUCGGAUGGAAAGCCCCGAGCUUCCUGGUAUGGCUGAUCAAGGGGAGAGACUAUUGGCUUGGUAUGACACCAGCGAUGUGGAAUGGGAAACAGUUCGAAAAGGCGAGCUGAGCGG